UGUACAAUCUGUUAGACUGACAUGCUAUAGAAAGACAAAAAUAAUGAGCUGAAAUAAGAAUUUAGUAUGAACGGAUAAAUUGAAAGAAUAAAACAUGGAGUUAAGUUGUAAAAAUCUGUCAAUUUUUCAAAAAAGUGAGCGCAUUUUACAGGACAUUGAAUUAUCAGUAAAUGGUGGUGAAAUAUUGGCAGUUAUUGGACACGAAGCUUGUGGAAAGACUGCUCUUUUGUCAGUACUAUCUGGACGCUAUCCGCUGUACGAGGGAACAAUCUGUUUCAACGGGGUGGAGCAGAAGUAUGAUGCAUUGUCUAAGCAAGUGGCAUUUGUGACAUCACAUCCGCUUUUUCUUCCAACGCUGACAAUUCGUGAGACCGUAGAGUAUGCUGGCUAUUUACGACUAGACAAGGAUAUUUCACGCUCCGAGAAGCUGGACCAAAUCAAGACGGCUCAGACAAUUACGGGACUAACAGACUGUGCAACAUUACCCGCACAACUUUGUUCAAAGCUUCAACAAGUUUGUCUAGGGAUAGCAUGUGAAUUGUUACAGUGUACAGGUGUUCUAGUAAUUGAUGAACCAUUAUCGGGUAUGUCAUGCAAUGACUGUUACAAAAUGACAGAUAUUUUGACAAAAAUCUGCCAGCAGACUAAUAAAGCUAUCAUCGUUAGCUUAUCUAGUCCUUUAAACUAUUUCAUCAACCGAUGCUCGAAAGUUCUAUUUGUUAAUCAAGGACAGGCUAUUUAUCAAGGAAAUCCAGCGAUGUUGGAGGCGUUCCUAAGAGCAGCUGGUUGUCCAACAUCAUUACAUGAUAGUCCCGCUGAACAUCUUAUGAGUAUUUUGGGAAGCGGGAUCAAUCACACGACCAGUAUACAAAACUCUCUACUUACUAGGAUAAGAAAAAAUGGGACAUAUAUAUCUGCUCAUGACGACAUAUGGGUUCCCAAUGGUUUGCUGGGGAAUGAACACGAUCACGAUGUAGACAAGAUACGAGAAACAGACCUUCUCUGCGAUUCACUAAACGAUCAAGAUCAAAUGAAAGUAAAUUUGGAGAAACAAACAUUUUCUUUACAAAUGGAAAAGAUGACUUUAGAAGAUGCCACAUCAUCUUGCAGAACAUCGUUCUGGAAUCAGAUGAAGGUGUUGACUUCAAGAAACUUCUACAAUUCCAGAAGAAGAAUUUUGUUUCCUGUAAGUGUUAUACAGAAUCUUUAUAUUUUGGUCAUUUGUGUUUUGAUUUGGUGGCAGCCGGAACGGACAGAAGAAACAAUCAAAGACAGAAUGGGAUUGUUCUUUUUCACCGUUGUGCAAUGGGCUUUCUUUGCACUGCUUGAUGCAAUAUUGACAUUCCCAAAGGAGAUGAGAGUGAUACUUUCAGAAAUGCAGAAUAAAUUAUACAGAACGUCUGCAUACUGUUUGUCUAAAACGAUCAGCGAGAUUCCCUUGGCCAUAAUACAGCCAUGUGUUUAUAUGAUUGUAAUUUACUGGGUGGCAAAUCUGAACAGCGUCUCUGCUUUCCUGGCCUCACUUGGUGUACUUAUAGUUGACGUUGUCACAGCUCAGAGUAUAGGACUAUUUGUCGGCGCAGCUCUGAAUCCACCUUGGACUAUCAGUGUUGUCUCACUUGGACUUUUGUCAAUGAUGCUUUGGGGUGGGGCAUUUUGUACACCUCCUCCAUGGUUAAGAUGGGGAAAAUUUGCGUCCUAUUUCACAUACGGACUGAAUGCUCUUAUUACACUGGAAUUCCAAAAUGCUGAGCCGAUCAAGUGCGGUUCUGCCAGCAUGGUGCCAGUUUGUAACAUGACGAUCCCAGAAACAAAUCAAACAGUGACACAUUUCCCGUCUAAAUUCGUAUUGAUUGCGCAAAAUAUCACGUGGUCAGUCUUUGAUGACGUUAUUGUGAUAAUAGUCAUCGGACUUAUAGCAAGAAUACUCUGGUAUAUUGUUUUGAGACGGAAGUGAAGGAAAUAAAUAAAACUUUACAAUGAUAUUCCCGGAUAUUUAUUGAAUAGAUACUUGUUUUAUAACGCAAUAAAAGAAAACCAUUUUCAUUA